AUGAUGAAUGGAUUGGGUAGACAAGAUAUUGAUUUCAACACAAUUUGGAAAAAUAUAGCAGAUCAAGUUUAUAAAAUAUUGACAGGUUCCCAAAAUGUUUCAGCAAUGUUUUUAUACGAGGAUGUUUAUAAACUUUGUAUAGCACAACCUCAACCAUAUUGUGAACCAUUAUAUGAAAAUAUUAAAAAAUUUUUCGAACAACAUGUAGAUCAAAUCUUAUUAAUAAUUUUAGAUACAAAAUCAGAUACAAUCUCUGAAUAUUUAAAACAAUGGAAAUUAUUCUUUUCUGGUUGUGAAUUAUGUAAUAAAGUUAUUUUUAGAUAUUUAAAUUUAAAUUGGAUUAAUAAAAAGAUUCUAGAUAAAAAGUUUGGCCAUCCACCUGAUGUUUAUGAAAUUCAAAUUCUUGGACUUAUGAUUUGGAAAGAGAGAUUAUUUUUUAAGAUUAAAGAUAGAGUAUUAAAAUGUGUAGAGAUUUUAAUUCAAAAAGACAGAGAUGGUGAAUUGGUUCAACACCAAUUUAUUAGUCAAUUCAUGGAAAGUUUAAUUAAAUUAGAUAGUGUAGAUAAAGAUAGAACAUUAUAUUUAAUUGAAUAUGAAGCAUCAUAUUUAGAGAAUACUAGACAAUUUUAUACAAGAGAAUCAGUUGCAUUUAUAGCAUCAAGUGGUAUCUCUUCAUAUAUGAAGAAAGCAGAGACAAGAAUCGACGAAGAGGAACAACGUUCACAAAAAUAUUUAAAUUCAUCAUCACAUGAUAAAAUGAGAAGAUUGUUACAUUCUAUCUUGAUCGAAAAGCAUAAGGAAUUGUUACAAUCAGAAUGUAUCAAUUAUUUAAAGGAUGAAAAAUUAGAUGAAAUCUAUAAUAUGUAUAAAUUAUUAUCAAGAAUUGAAGGUGGUUUAGCUCCAGUAUUAGAAACUGUUCAAAAGUAUAUUCAACAUGUUGGUAUUGAUGCAAUUAAAUCAAUUCCUGAUAGAAAUAAUCCUGAUCCAAAAAUUUAUGUUGAAACAUUAUUAAAAAUUUAUUUACAAUUUAGUUCAAUUAUAAAGAAAUCAUUUAAUAAUGAUGUUUCAUUCAUAACAGUAUUAGAUUUAGCAUGUCAUAAGAUUUUCAAUCAAAAUCAUAUCACUAGGAAUACAACUAAAUCACCAGAGUUAUUGGCAAAAUAUUGUGAUAUGUUAUUGAAAAAAGGUAAUAAACAACAUGAAGAAAUUGAAUUGGAAGAGAAGUUAGGUCAAAUUAUUGUAUUAUUUAAAUAUGUUGAUGAUAAAGAUGUUUUUCAAAAAUUUUAUUCAAAAAUGUUAUCUAGACGUUUAAUUAAUGGUACUUCAGUGAGUGAUGAUAUUGAAAAGUUUAUGAUCACAGGUUUAAAACAAGCAUGUGGUUUCGAAUAUACCUCUAAAUUCCAAAGAAUGUUUAACGAUAUCACUCUAUCAGCAGAAACUAAUGAAGAGUUUAAAAAUCAUUUAAUUAAAAAUAGUUUAUCAAUUGGUAAAAUCGAUUUUUCAAUUUUAGUUUUAACAUCAGGAUCAUGGUCAUUACAUUCUCAAACUAGUAGUUUCAUUGUACCACAAGAGUUAACACUUUGUAUAUCAGCAUUUCAACAAUACUAUUCAACCCAACAUCAAGGUAGAAAAUUAAAUUGGUUACAUCAUUUAUGUAAAGCAGAGGCAAAGUCAUUCUUUGCAAAGAAAUCAUACGAUUUUCAAGUUACAAACUUUCAAUUGGGUAUUCUUUUAAUCUUUAAUACUCAAGAAUCUGUAAGUUUAGAAGAAAUCACUAAAUUUACAAAUUUAAAUGAAAAUGAAUUAUCAAGAACUUUACAAUCAUUAAUAGAAGCAAAGAUUUUAAUUUCAAAGAAAAAAGAUCAAAAUAGUAUUAAUAAUAAUAAUAAUAAUAAUAAUAAUAAUAAUAAUAAUGGUGAAGGUAAUAAUAGUUUAGUAGAUUCAGCAAAUAAUAUGCAACCAUCAUCAUCAUCAUCAUCAACUCAAGAAUAUACUGUUAAUAGUGCUUAUAGUAAUAAACGUUCAAAAGUAAAGGUUUCAUCUUCAUUACAAAAGGAAACACCAUUACAAAAUGAAGAAACUUAUAAAGGUAUUGAUGAAGAUAGAAAACUUUAUUUACAAGCUUCAAUCGUUAGAAUUAUGAAAGCUCGUAAAACUAUGAAUCAUGUUUCUCUCAUUCAAGAGGUUAUCGAACAUAGUAGACUUAGAUUCCAACCAAAUAUUCCAAUGAUUAAGAAAUGCAUUGAACAAUUAAUUGAAAAAGAGUAUAUUACUCGUGCUGAAGGUGAAUCUGAUAGAUAUUUAUAUGCUGCUUAA